AUCUGGAUACUUCUCCGCGUUUUGGCACAAAUUUAUUUUUAACUUUUCCAAACUAUACAACAUAUUUGACCUACACACCACCUACUAUCAACUUUCUUAUUUACUUCGUGCAAACAGACCCACCUAAACGACAAUUGUUUAGCCGGAAUUCAGUCGUUCAAAACUGUAGCUAAUGAAUCAAACUAAUUAGCAACCACAACUUUAAAAGUUACUCCAUAUACGUUCGUCAGGAAAAGAGUUGAAAUUCAUACUGGAAGUGUCCAAAUAAAAUAUCUCUCUUUUUUUAAAGUAAGUAGUGGCCAAUCAUUCCAAGUUAACUAGCUUAGCACAUGAGCAUCUGUCAUUCACUUGGCAGAUUAACUCCUAUUAAUAAACUAAUUGUCUAGAAUCUAGAUUAGAAAUCAGUUGUCUGUACUAUUAUUAUUAUUUCAAGAGAGAUUACCAUCAAUUAAAGAAGGAAGGAAGGAAGGAGCAAUAAUAUAAGAUGUUGAUGUCCAAGUAUGACAAGAUUAAGACUGAUAUUAGUCAUAUCAGUCAAUUAACAAAGAAGCUUGCGAAAGAUGAUCCUAGAAGGAUUAUUCACUCCAUCAAAGUUGGUUUUGCCAUCACUUUAGUCUCCCUCUUCUACUACUUUGAUCCUCUCUAUCAAGGGUUCGGCGUCAAUGCAAUGUGGGCUGUUCUAACUGCUGUCGUCGUCUUUGAGUUCUCUGUUGGUGCUACGCUUGGCAAAGGGGUUAAUAGAGCCUUGGCCACUAUUAUUGGAGGGAUGUCCGGAUUUGGUGCCCAUAAACUAUCAACUCUUUCAGGAAAUAAAUUUGUAGAGCCUUUUCUUCUUGGGCUAUUCGUCUUCAUCACAGCUGGAUUAAUGACGUUUAUGAGAUUUUUCCCAAAGAUGAAGGCGAGAUUUGAUUACGGACUAUUGGUAUUCAUAUUAACAUUCUGUUUGAUAUGCGUAUCCGGGUACCGAAACGAAGAGGUAAUAGAAAUGGCGCACAUAAGGAUUAGUUCCAUUCUAAUAGGAAGCUCAACUGCUGCUAUUGUGUGUGUUGUUAUAUGCCCUGCUUGGGCUGGCACUGACCUUCACAACCUUGUUUCCACCAACAUUCUCACGCUUUCCCUUUUCUUUCAAGGAUUUGGGCUUGAAUACUUCAAUACUUCAUCGGAUAUAAACUCAGAUGAUGAGUAUAAAACAUCAAUUGAUGCAAUUAAUAAUGUACUCAAUUCCAAAAACAACAUAGAUACUUUGCUAAAUUAUGCAAGAUGGGAGUUCCGCCAUGGACGGUUCAAGCGUGGGCAUCCAUGGACUCAAUACCAAAAAAUUGGAGAGUUAGCUAGACAUUGUGCCUGCAGGGCCGAAGCCCUCCAUGGGUUGCUAUAUUCUCAAGUCCAGGCAUCAAAUGAAGUGAAGGCAAAAUUCCAAGAACCUUGCAUGAAGAUUAGUGCAGAAUCAGGCAAUGCAUUGAACGAACUUUCAAUAGCUAUUAAGAAAAUGAAUAAGCCCUCCAAGGCAAAACCUCACCUCCAAAAAGCCAAACAAGCAGCUGAAAAUCUCAACCUCAUGUUAAAAUCAAACAUAUGGAAAAACCUUAACCUUUCAGAUGUAACACCUGCAGCCACAGUUGCUAAUCUGCUAGCAGAUGUUGUCUCAUGCACCGAGGAUAUUGCUGAGGCGGUCCAAGAGCUUGCAUCCCUUGCUAAAUUCAAGGAUGUUAAGGAUGUUAAGGUUUCUCCUCAAAUUGAAAAGGCCAAGUUGACGAAUCAAGGAUCCACUAAAAGGCGUUGUGUUGCUAAUAAUCAUGUGAUACUAAUUGAGAUCCCGUCACCAACUUCUUCUCCGAGGGUCUCAGUACCAAGGGAUCCACCUUCCUUAGCUAUGGCUCAACAAAAUGCUGAGUAAUAUAUAGACUCUGCUCAUUUGUUUAAAUUGGGUAGGCAUAGUCUUCUACAAAAAUUUUGAACUAAUUGUUGGUCUGAUCAUGUUACAUUGCAGACUAAUUAAUUUUCUUUAGAAUCUAUAAUAUGAAUAUAUAAUGCUGCAGACUAAUUAGAGUUGUAAAAAGUUGACCCGACCCGAAAUAUCGAUUAGAAUCCGAUUAUUAACCGACCCAUCUAAACCUGAAAAAAUGGUGACCCAAAUCAAACCUGACCGUACCUGAAACCAACCAUAGACCCGAGUUGACCCGAGCAUGUGAGACCCAAAUCCAAACAUAAACUG